UGAUGUUGUUGGUCUCGGCAAAAGAGCAAGAUAAAUGUUCCUGUACCUAACUGAAGAAUUACCUCUUAACCCUGCACAGCUGCCUUAGAAAAAGUUCAUGAGGCUAUGACAAACCCUAGAUCCGAUCUAUGUUAUUAUGGACGGCAAGACGCAGAGAAGUCUUGGAUCAUUCAUUGCCUUUUGUCUUUUCAAACACGCCCCUCCUUCUUUGAUUGGAUGAUGACGCAUCAUAAGGUCGCCGCCACAGAAAGAUGGAAGUAUAAAAUGUCGCUCUUGGACUGACCAACUCAACACUAACCUACCCAUUGAUGUUGACUUUAAUUGCAAUCGCCUUGUCAGUUACCAUAGCGCUUCGAGCAGGGGCUACAGUCUACCCCUUAGUCGAGUCUUGGCACGGUAAAGGAUUUUUUGAUGGAUUCACGUUUCCAGUCGAAACAUAUGAUAACACCACAAACGGCGACACAUUUUGGGCGACACCCGCCAACACAUCUUUACUCUACACUACUUCCACUGGCGCCACCAUCCUCAAAGUUGACAAUCGCACUUUUGUUCCUUACCCUGAGAAACGAUAUGCUCCAAGGCUGUUGAGUAAAAGUGCUUAUGACCUUGGCACAGUCUGGGUUAUGGACGCUGUGCAUUUACCGUACGGAUGUAGUGUCUGGCCUGCUUUCUGGACUCAGGGCCCAUCAUGGCCCGCAGGAGGCGAGAUCGACAUCAUCGAAGGUAUAAACCUCCAAGCAACCAACAUGAUCGCUCUCCACACAUCCGGCGCUUCUUCAUGCACCAUCCCGACCACCUCUCCUUCCCCCUUCUCCGGUACAGUCUCUUACCCAAACUGUGACAAUUCGCAGAAUUAUGGAUCGGGAUGUACAGUUUACGACAGGAAUACAAAUUCGUAUGGGCGGGAGUUUGCUGAAGCUGGAGGAGGAGUUUAUGUGGCCGAGUUUGCAAAGGACGGGAUUAGGGUUUGGUUCAUGACUCGGUCUGCUAUACCAACCGCUAUUCAAGUCAAUGCCACACAGAUAGAUACAUCAACUCUCGGUACGCCCGUCGCUGAAUAUCCCUCUAGCUCAUGCGAUAUCGCCAACCUGUUCGGUCCUCAAACAUUGACAAUCAACAUUGCGCUGUGCGGAGACUACGCCGGUCUACCUUCCGAGCUGCAAAGAACCUGCCCAGCUUUAGUCGGCGAUGCAACAUGUUAUACCACCUAUGUAAUCAACGAUGGCUCAACAACCUAUGCUCAAGCGUAUUUUGAGAUCAAUUACGUCAACGUUUACUCAUCCAACCCUUCGUCUGUUACUACCAUCUCUCCUUCUGGUCCUACCUCCACAUCUACUUUGACCUCAACCUCAACCACUGCUAGUACAUCGGCUGCUGGGACACGUGAGGGUGGAGCGACAAAGGCAGAGCGACAAUUGUUGCUGGUUGCGGUAGGGUCGUUAGUGAGCUUGUUUUUAUUUUGGUAAUAUGCUAGUUAGACAUGAAAGAACAAUUGCAUGCCUUUUUGUUCACAUAUGACGGCUAUGGUAUCGUUUUUAAGUCUCCC